UAUUGUUAAUAUUAGUAUUAUUAUUUUUAUUAUGAUACAAAUAUUACAAUACGUAACCCCUGCAGUCGCAGACGACGCUUCAACAUGGCAGCAUGUCGGGUUCUCCUCGCGCUCUCUCCUGCUAGGUUUUCUACAAAUCUACAGGCUUCUUACGUACGGAGUGGAAGCCUCGCUAGCCUUAGCAGAGGCAGGAUUAUUCCUGCCUUUGUCCAGACUCGUAACUAUGCUGAAAAGGUGGUUUUCCAGCGAGACAAACCUCACUGCAACAUUGGCACUAUUGGUCAUGUUGACCAUGGAAAGACAACCCUGUCAGCUGCUAUCACUAAAGUCCUUGCAGGGAAGGAGAUGGCAAAAUUGAAACGAUAUGAUGAAAUUGACAACGCUCCACAGGAAAAAGCACGUGGAAUUACCAUAAAUAUUGCUCAUCUUGAAUACAAUACAGAAGAGAGACAUUAUAGUCACAUAGAUUGCCCAGGACAUGCCGACUUCAUCAAAAACAUGAUCGUCGGCAGUUCGCAGAUGGAUGGAGCAAUAUUAGUCGUUGCAGCCACAGAUGGAGUGAUGCCUCAGACUAAAGAACAUCUCAUUCUUGCCAAGCAAAUUGGCAUUGAACAUAUUGUUAUUUUUAUAAACAAGCUUGAUGCUGCUGAUGAGGAGAUGGUGGAGUUGGUGGAAAUGGAAGUUCGUGAACUGCUGACAGAAAUGGGGUAUGAUGGAGACAAAAUUCCUAUAGUGAAGGGAUCUGCUCUUGCAGUCUUGGAAGAAAGGAAUGAGGAAAUUGGUGUUAAGGCUAUUGAAGAGCUCAUGAAAGCAGUUGAUGAAUAUAUCCCAACUCCUGUGCGAGAUUUGGACAAGCCUUUCUUGCUACCUGUAGAGAGCGUCUACUCCAUUUCAGGACGCGGAACUGUCAUUACUGGUCGUCUGGAGCGUGGUGUUAUAAAGAAGGGUAUGGAAUGCGAGUUUCUUGGUUAUGGGAAGAAAUUAAAGAGUACCAUCACUGGUAUUGAGAUGUUCCACAAAACGCUGGAAGAAGGCCAAGCUGGAGAUCAAAUGGGCGCCCUUGUCCGUGGUCUUAAGAGGGACGAUGUAGUUAAAGGCAUGAUCAUGGCUAAACCUGGUACCGUCAAAGCUUACGAUCAUGUUGAGGCACAGGUGUAUGUACUGACGAAAGAUGAAGGAGGCAGGCAAAAACCUUUCACAUCAUUUCAUCAGAUGCAAGUCUACAGCAAAACUUGGCGUUGCUCUUCUCAGAUUAUUGUAGAGGAUAAAGAGAUGAUCAUGCCAGGAGAAGAUGCCAAGCUCAUUAUUCGUUUGAUGAAACCCAUGGUUUUGGAGCAAGGUCAGCGGUUUACUCUUCGUGAAGGAAAUGUCACAAUUGGCACUGGUGUUUUUACAAACAUCAAUAAGAACUUAACAGAAGAUGAAAGACAGCUAAUCUUGGAAGGCAAAAAAGGGCGAGAGAAGCAGCUUAAAGCCCAAAGUCGGUAAUUUGCAAAGACCACAAAUACUUUAAUAAUGUUUGAAUAGUUGACAUUGAUUUUGACAUUUUAAGAUUUUCUUAGCUUUGAAGGCUGGUAAGCUUUUCAAGACUUCAUCAGUGUAUUAAAUUUAAUAUUAAAAAUCUAAACCAUAGAACAAAUGCUGGAGUAUGGAUAUAUAUAACUGUAUAACCUUAAGUAAGGUAUAUUAAUGCAGUAAUCAAUAUGAUACAAAUGCUUGUGGUAUUCAGUACAUUUUAAUUUGUAUGAAAAAAUAUAAUGUUUAAACUUAAUGGUACAGCAACAUAACAAUGAGUUUCUUUCAGUAAAGACUGCAAUUUUAAACACACUUUACAAUGUGUAGAACACACUUCAGACUAUUAAAAUUGUAUGAAAUGCAUAGUAACUUCAUACAAUGAUUUUAAUUGCAGAUAAAAAAAAAAAAUUCUUCUAAAUUUUAUUUGAAUUUUGUUCAAAUAUGUAAGUUAUGUGAUUAAUAGGAUGGUAUGUAAAUCUUGUUGCAGUACUAAUAUUGCAGUUUUGUUGAUGUAUUGCCAUUGGAUCUGUUACCCAAUGUGUUACAAUGUAAUUUUGUAAAUAAAUUGUUUUUUCCACAAUA